AUGAACAUAAUUCAGCAGCUCGUCCUGGUCCUGGUCCUGGUCCUGGACCUGGUCUUAUGUCUGCAGGAGGUAGACCGUCUGGAGCAGCUGCAGAGCAAACUGCACUCCUACUCCAUGUUCGGGCUGCCCAAAGUGCCGCGGCAGCUCUCCUUCGACGAGGACGCCUGGGAGGAGGAGAAGGAGGCCAACCUGGUGAUGGAGGACAGCUGGCAGGCCUUACUGGAUGACUCUGAGGCGCUGCCGAGGCGACAGUUCCACCAGCAGGAGGCGAUCUGGGAGCUGCUGCACACUGAGGCCACCUACAUCAAGAAGCUUCGAGUCAUCACGGAUCUGUUCCUGUGCGGCCUGCUGAACCUGCAGGAGAGCAGCCUGCUGACGGAGGUGGACCCCAACAAGCUGUUCAGUAACAUCAAGGAGAUCGUCCGGCUCCACACGGCUCUGUGGAACCAGGUCAUGGUCCCGGUCCUGGAGCAGGCCAGGAGGGCCCGGGCCCUGCUGGACCCCACGCAGCUCUACGACGGCUUCAGGACGUUCGGCUCCAGGUUCCGGCCYUACAUCCGUUACUGCAUGGAGGAGGAGAGCUGCAUGGAGUACAUGCGCACGCUUCUCAGGGACAACGAGCUCUUCAGGACCUACGUGACGUGGGCAGAGACACACAAGCAGUGCAACCGUCUGAAGCUGGCCGACAUGUUGGCCAAGCCUCACCAGAGACUCACCAAAUAUCCCCUCCUGCUGAAGAGCAUCCUGAAGAGGACGGACGAGCCCACGGCCCGCGACGUCGUCAGCAGCAUGGUGGUCUCAGUGGAGGACUUCAUCAACAGUGUGGACUUCCAGAUGCACCAGCGUCAGGAGCAGCAGAAGCUGGCCACCAUCUCGGCACGCAUCGACUCGUACGAGGCGGUGGAGGGCAGCAGCGAGGAGGUGGAGAAGAUCCUGAAAGAGUACAACCACUUCGACCUGAUGGCUCCCAUGAGGGGGACGUCAGCCGAGCAGACCCGCCAGCUGCACCUGGAGGGAGCUCUGAGGAUGAAGGAGGGCAAAGACAGCAGGAUGGAGGUCUACUGUUUCCUCUUCACUGACCUGCUGCUCAUCACCAAACCGGUGAAACGGGUGGAAAAGGUUAAAACKAUCCGUCAGCCUCUCCUCAUUCACAACGUGGUCUGUAAGGAGCUCAAAGAUCCUGGCUCAUUUGUCCUCAUCUACCUCAAUGAGUUCCGGAGUGCAGUAGCAGYCUACACGUUCCAAGCCAACAGCGCCACCCAGGGGCGGAGCUGGAUCGAUGCGAUCUGCAACGUUCAGAAUCAGCUGCAGAGGCUUCGCAGCCAGGAGGACCUCCGACAGCAGGACAUCCAGAAGAGAUGUACAGAGGAGGAGGAGGAGGAGGAGGAGGAGAGCAGCAACUCCACUACAAGUUCUCCAAUCCUGCAGCACAAGAACCAGCAGAACUGCCAAUCAGACGGCUCCACUGAGACGCUGUCAGUGAUGGACGCUGAUGUUCAGCAGCUUCCUGCCUCCAGCUCGAACCUUGAAGGAAGCUCAGACAAAGACUCUGAUCCGGGCGUGUCUCUGCUGUCUGACACGCAGCAGUCCACUCACAGGGACACCUACAGCCUGUCCUCUGAGCACAGUCCAGAGGAGGACCCCCACAGUCCAGAGGAGGACCCCCACAGUCAAGAGGAGGACCCCCACAGUGAGGAGCUGGAGCCCCAGUUUCGCUCCCUCUCCAUGGACAGCGCCUACGGUACCCUCUCCCCUGAAUCCCUCCAGAGAGAGCUGCAGCUACAGCCCGUCCAGAGCGAGGCAGAGGAGGAAGGAGUUCAGGAGGAGCAGCUGGGUGAGACAGAAACAGAGGAGGUGGAGGAGGAGGAGGAGAACACCUCUCAGGGGUCUCAGGGGUCUCAGCUGUCAGUGGUCCAGCUGACUAGACCUCGCCGGCGGCCUCCUGUGCGCUCCAGACUGCAGUGUCUGCAGAGGCUGUCUUCUUUCACUCUGUCCCGCUCCGAGGACAAUCUCCUGCAACGUGUCCACGAAGACAACCCCGUCUCUCGCAUGCACUCCCUGGACUCGCAGGGGUCUCAGGGCGAGGACAGGGACUCGUCCUCUCUGGGGUACAGCCGGAGCCUGUCGGAGCUGAACCUCUCCGAGGACUGUCUGAGCGCCAGCAGACUCUCAGACAAGAUCCGAUCCAGCCUGGACAGAGCCCAGGACACGCACGCCCACAGGGCCCCCGCCGGGCUGUGUGAGACCACCCAGCUGGGCUCGGGUCGGACCUGCCAGCCCAAGACCAGCUGUGACUCAACGGGACCGUCCCACAAAAAGAGGAGGAGCCCCGCUCAGCAGCACAAGAAGCUGACUCUGGCUCAGCUGUACAGGAUCCGCACCACCCUGGUCCUCAACUCCACCCUGACCGCAUCGUGAGUGUCCCUGUGUCCAACUGUGUCCCC